AUGGCAGCCUGCACUGAAACGCUCACGGACUUGGCCUCCCAGCUGUCUGGCAUCGCCACUUCGCCCGCCAGCGAUGCGGAAAAGAAUGCUGCCGCUGCCGGAAUCGCCAAGCAGAUACUCAAGACGGUCCGAACUCCUGUUCCUGAUUGGAUGGAGAAGGCAUUUGCGAAUGUAGAGAUCACGGCACUGCGGCUUUGCAUUGAUUGGGGCGUUUUUGCCGCCAUCCCGGAACAGGGCACAAUCUCGUUCUCGGAACUUGCCAAGCAAGUGAAAUCAGAGACAUCGCUGAUUCGACGUAUCUGUUGGGUUCCUAUCGCGAGCGGCGUUUUGCGCCAGUAUGGAACUGAUCAAGUCGGGCACACGGCGCUCUCUCGCCAAUAUCUCCCAGGAAGCCCCGAUGGCCUUCUCCUGUCCAUGGUUUUCGAUGAGCACAUGCUCCCAGCCUUGAAGCUGCCUGAAUAUUUCAUCGAGUAUGGUCGCCGCGAACCAGUUACCCGUCUCCACACGCCUCAUGCGUAUAGCCACGGCCAGCCCGACAGGGACAUAUGGGAGAUCCAAAAAGAAAAUCCCCAGCGCAUGAAGCGAUUCAUGGCAGCGAUGGAUGUGUUGCAAAAGUUCAUCCCGUUGGUUGGCAUGUACGACUUCGGCUGGGUCAAGUCAAAGCUCGCGGAAGACAAAGAUCGCGUCAUUCUCGUCGACGUUGGCGGCGGUAAAGGCCACGCCAUCAAGGCUAUUCUCAACGAGAACCCUUUCAUUCCCACAGAGCGCGUUGUCUUGGAGGAUCGCGACGAGAUCAUCGAGGAGGUGGCCGCAUUGACGGAGCCCGAGCUUAAGGGCGUCCAGCUUCAAGUGCAUGAUUUCCACAAGCCGCAGCCUGUCAAGGGCGCACUGAUCUACUGGAUUCGCCGAUGCCUGCAUGACUACGGCGACGACGUCUGUGUGAAGAUACUCACGCAGCUCUCGGACGCCAUGGCUUCGGACAGCAAAGUUCUCAUCAGUGAGAUGGUUAUGUCGAAUCCUCCGGAUCCACUGGCCGCUAUGAAUGACUUUGGCAUGCUAGAGAUUGGAGGAAAGGAACGGACCGCGGACGAUUGGGCAGAGCUGGUCGCACGGGCAGGACUGAAGAUGGAAGGAAUCCAUGGCUUGGACAAGAAGAUGCAGGUUAUCGAGUGCAUCAAGGCAUGA